AUGGACAUAAAAUGUAUGGGAAAUAAUUUCUGGAAAAAUAUCACAACUUAUUUUAAUAAAGAUUGCAAAAAUAUUGAUGAAAAGUAUGCUGCUAUUAACGAUGAUAUAAAUAACAACCAAGAUGGGAAUAAAAAGGUAAAGACAAGAACAUUAAACUUUAUGAUUUCUUCUGCUCUCGUGUUGUCAGUCCUACAUCCAUUGGACAUAAUAAGAACAAGGAAGCAGAUAUAUAAAGUAUACAAGAAUUCAUAUCCCUAUUACUAUAAUAACAAGUAUAAUUUAUUUUACAUUUUGAAAAAAGAGAAAAUAGAAAGUGUUUAUCGUGGUUUAUUAGCUACGUUAAUUACUACAGGCGCUUCUCAUGGAAUUUUUCGAUUUAUUUAUGAUACACUAAAUUAUUAUGUAUUUCAACAGUUCAAUGAUGUAAAUAACGUAAAUAAUAAUAAAAGAUAUUCCUUCCUCAGUAGAAGUAACGACUGUAGAGGUGAAGUGGUACACCUUGUUUGCAACUCUGAAUCAGAUCAUCUUGUUGAAACAGGAAAAAUCAAAACAAAUGGAAGUUGUGAUGCUGUUCAAAUCUCAUUCGAGAACUCUUAUUUUGAAAAAAAUAUUGAUGAAGAAAAGAGGAAGGACGAAUUUAUGAUUUCACAUUUGUCUAAUAAAAUAGAAAUUAAUGAAAAAGACAACACUUCAACUAGUGUAAAAAAAGAUAUGCAAAUUAACAGUAUUAAAAAUAUGAAUCAUUAUAUUAUCACUAGUAGUGUCAGUUCAAUCAUUAGUGUAUUUAUUCUUCAUCCAAUUUGGCUGGUAAAGACAAAAAUAGAAUGCACAAUAAAUUUAAACCACAAAUUUUUAAAUUAUAAAAGUAGAAUAACAAGCAAACAUUACAACAUAUUUGUAUCGAGGAACAAAAUGCGUACUAGUAAAAAGUUUUCAAAUAUAGCAAAAUUACUCAUAGUUUUUGGCAACAAUUUUGUAAAGAAGGAUGUUACAAGGAACAAAAUAAAAUUAUUGUUGAAUAAAAAUAUGUUGAAAUGUUCCAAAAAUAGUUAUAUAUACAAUAGAAAUAUUAGGACACGCAAAAAAUACAACCAUCUCGUAUAUACAAAUGAUAAGAAAGCAUUUUUAAAUAAAAGCGUAAAAAGGAAAAUGGUACACAAUUAUUUGUUAUACAAAUAUUACACCAUAUCAAAUUUAGAAAGAAAACAAAUGACGAAAAAAGUAAUAUCCAAUCAUCGGAAAUUUUUUUUUCGUAGAUACUUAUUGUAUUUGAAAUAUCCGCUCUGUAGUAACAAAAUAUUGAGGCUUUUUAAAAGAGAAGAAAGCAAGAAUGCCAUAAGCAUUAUUUACAAUUAUAAAAAUUAUUUUCAUUUUGUUUAUAAUAUAUAUAAAAAAGAAAAAUUAUUUUCAUUUUAUAAGGGUUUCUUAACUUCAAUUUUGUUAACUCCUCACGUGGCAAUACAGUUCUACAUAUAUGAAUAUUUAACUUAUCAUUUCAAUUCCGAAUAUUUCAAAAAUGAGCUUAAGGAAAAAAAUAUACACAUUUCAUUAAACACAUUAGGCAACACUUUACCAUUUUUAUAUGGAGUCACAUCAAAAUUCAUUGCUGUUAUGUUUACGUAUCCUUUAUAUACAAUCAAAAUGAGGCAACAAGUUCAAAUGAAGAAUUAUGGCUUCUUAAAUGUAGUAGUUAAUAUUUUCAAGCUAGAGGGAAUAAAAUCUUUCUACACUGGUCUUAACAUGCAUUUAUUAAGAAACUGUUUGCAAAAUGGAUUACUCUUUUUUAUAUUUGAGUAUUUAAAUGCUGGUUCAGCGGGGUCGAAAUGA